AUGGCAAAAGGAUACCUGGCUAUUCUGUGUGCAUCUCUGGGGAUCGCGAGCCAAGUCGCAGCGCAGACUGGAGUCACCGCCACGUUGACCACCGCACCAUUCACAAACUCCACGAGUCCUACGCCAACCAUCACCAGCUCAGGAGGAACAGCAACAGCUCCAGAUGUCUACUUGCACGUGCCUACGCUGAGCGUGAAAAGGAUCGAAUUAGACGUAGAUAACUUGCAAGCCCAGCUUAAUCUGAAUGCCAACGUAGCACAGCUUGUUCAGAUUAAUGCCGGUGUGCAGGUUGGUAUCACAAAGGUCAAUCUCACCAUUGCCGACGUCGACGCAAAAGUAGACUUGAUCGUUCGCUUGGGUCACCUCGUCGAUAUCGUUGGGCGUGUGUUCCAGUCGUUGGACCUGAAUCCCUUGCUCAUCAACACACUCGGCAACGUCACGUCCCUCGUCGACGGCGUCGUCGGUGAUGUCGUCGGUGUCGUCGACGGACUUCUAGGCUCGAUCACCCAAGGUGGGACAACACUCAACUUCCUCGUCGACAACCUGGGUAACAUCGUGCAAUCGGUAAACGGCGUUUCUACCAUCGUCGGAAGCUUUGAGCAGAACAUGACAGCUACUGGCGCGACUAAGACUCUCGGACAAGGCCUCACACAGAAGACCUACUCUUAUUCGCCGCUUUCUGCUCUUGUCGAUAUUGUGUUCAACACAGCCGGUCAGAUCGUACAGGCCACAGUGCAAAAGGCUACAGGGAGUAGCAGCAGUGGGAGCGCCAGCUCGGCCAGUGGUACUGUGAGUGCGACUGCCAGCGCAGCAUCCAGCAGUAGUACUUAG